AUGAAUGGGACAACAGUGAACACCAAUGACCAUUCUCAUGUAGCGUCCCGGCCGUCCCUCGAUUUCUCUGACACUGAAGGAGAGGAGCUGCAAGAACAUGCCGGGGACUAUUCCACGCGUUUUGAGGAGCUCAUGAGCGACGGCGAAGAGGAAUCAAAUAUCCAUGUCAGUGACGAGGAGGAGGACCAUGGAUUUGUGUACAAUGGUGUGGACUCUGAACCCAAAGGUGGAUACCGAGAGCAACUCCGAGAUCUUCUUGGUCCGGACCACGAAGAAGACGAGCUUGAUGCGGCGGAGGUCGAGCAUUCACUCGUUGUCAACAACGGCGAGCAUGAGAAGCUUGCGACUCUGAUGGGAGACGAGGCGGGCGUGGAUGUUCCGCAUAUUGAAGUACUUUCGGACGAUUCUCCGUCCACUUCAUCCUUGUCUUCUCCACCAUAUGGAUCGGGCCUUAAUGGUUCUAACACACCCUCCAAGAUAUAUCAUCCGUUCCUGCAUCCCACAAUAUCACGCCUUCGUUCGACUACUCCGCAAGCUUCUCGUAUACCCUCAUCCAGAAGUAUGGGGAGCAUAAACUCCUUCGCACGUGACGAUCCGUCCGCAGCACCGUCGCACUUCUCCGAGCUAUCUCGAAUGUCUUCCGGAGAUGGCGCGGAGAGCAGAGCAGAUCGUGAUCGAGAAGUUUUUAGAUGGACACAGUUGCGAGUUGUUGGGGAAUAUUUGUAUGCCAAACAUCCUCAGAAAGCUUCUGCAUUAUUGGGUACUGGAAACUUUGGCUCACCUACGGUGCUUGCCGCAAACGGCUUGAUCUGCGUCGGUACGGAUUCUGGCCAAGUGCUUGUCUUUGACUUCAAGCAGAACUUCCAGUGCAUCUGUGGUGCCGAAACUCCCGACAGAUCGGUUGGGUCGGUCACCGCACUCGCACUGUCUUUCGACCAUACUUUCAUCGCCAUGGGCCACGCGUCGGGUCACAUUCAGUUGUAUGACCUGAACAAUCCCAAGAUGCCCGCGCGUUUUGUUGCUCCUACCACACUAGCUGAAGUCGUGUCUGGGCGACAGGAAGGACAUCUUCUUGGCUCAAGAAUUGUGAACGUCGGGUUUAUUGCAGGAAAGCAUACUGCAUUUGUAUCCUCUGAUGAUCACGGGCUUGCGUUUUACCACAGGCUUGGCAAGGUGCUCUUUGUGGAUGCCAUUGAUGUCCUUCGUAUUCUGGGCAAGUAUCCGGACAUCGAGUCCUCUGUUCCACCAGCUCCUGCUUCAGGACCCCAUUUCUUUCGCCGGCGGAAGUCAAGGGUAACGAGCACCAUACUUGCUAUGGGUCCCCUUCCUCUUGGCACGUCCUCACAUCCUACAGACCAGUACAACCUCAUUGCGUUACUUACACCCAUCAAACUUGUUAUCGUCGGUCUCAAGCCAACACCGAAGACCUGGUAUAGGCGUCAUCGAGAGAGUGAUGAGGAAGUCAUGUCUAAGUCAAAAUUCAAAGGUGCACUGGCCUGGUAUCCAAGUGUGACCGCCGGUAAUGCAGUCACGAUAGAACAAGAGUCCAAACGCAGUAAGCCCAACGGAGUGGACCACGGCCCUUCCACCAUGCCGAUGCUCGUAUACUCCUGGGGCGAUACGUUAAACCUCAUGCGAGUGUCCGAAACGAAGGCUGUGCAGCAGAUACGUAACUCUAGGACUGGCAAAGUACAGAACAUAGAGGUCGGUCGGGUCGUGUUCGAAGAGUCUUCGCGGUGGACGGCCGGCGGAGAUGUCCUCUCCUUGCAGUGGCUGAAUGUCAAUCAAGUCGUUGUUCUCACUCCUAGCGCACUGGAAGUGUAUGAUGUUCGAACCUUGAAACUCGUGGAACACGUGCCUUAUAAUGCAUGGUCUUUAGUCUCCCCGAUAUUGAGUCAUACCACCAAUGGUGCUGUAUCUUACUCUGAUGCCAUCACGGAGGUUGCCCAUAGCGUACGAGUUUACAAGGGCAAGAUAUUCAUUCUCGCCCAGCAUGAGGUUCAAGUCGGCACGUUGCUUACCUGGGCAGAUCGUAUCUUGUCAUAUGUUGAGUCUGGCGAUUUCCUCAGCGCCAUCGACCUCACUAGAUCCUACUAUCUCGGAGACGCACCCGGCAACAGGAAUGGUCUUCCCGAUACCGCGGUGAAACUCAAAGAGGUGGUCGGAGAGAAGAUGCGCGAGCUCAUGGUGGCUUCGGCCCACUACGCCUUCUCCGAAGAUCGCAUGACCGACGGCACUCAUGUCACACCAGACGGCCGCGGAGUCGACCGUACAUUUCUCUUCGAGGGGUUAGUUGCCACUUGCACUCGCGCGUGCAUUGCGCUGGACGACUUCGACUUCCUAUUCGAAGAUCUUUUCCAGUACUACGACUCCAAUGCCAUCGCGCGUAUAUUCCUUGCGCAGUUGGAGCCUUUCAUCCUCGAAGGCACUGUCAGGCACGUUCCACCCAGAAUUACCCAGCGACUCAUCGGUCUGCAUGACGAUGAUCACCGCCCAGACCUUGCGGAAAGGGUAAUAUGGCACAUUGAUCCCGAUUGUCUGGACAUCAAUCAGGCGAUUACACUCUGCCAGAACUACCGGCUGUAUGACGCUCUUAUGUACGUGUAUACGCGUGCGUUGAAGGACUACGUGUCACCAGUGGUCGAACUCCUCAGCCUCAUCCGCCAGGUGCAGCAAUAUCGGAAGGCACAUAGGGAAGGCUCUCCACCGGCUGCGUACGCGGAUGAAGAGGCUAUCGAACCCAUCGUCUUGAAUGCGUACAAGAUAUAUCCGUAUCUUGCCGACGUGUUGUCAGGCCUCACGUACCCUUCGGAGGAACCACUACCAGAGGAAGAGGCAUUCCAAGCCAAGAACGACAUCUACACAUUCCUCUUCUUCGGCCGUUCUAGUAUGUGGCCUCCAGGGGAAGGGGGAAGGCUCAUAUUGACGUCCGACGAGGAGAACGGCGUGGAGCCAACAUACCCUUACACGCGUAUUUUAUUGCGGUUCGAUCCAGAGGCGUUCUUGCAUACUCUUGACUUAGCGUUCGAGGAUGCUUACUUCAACGAUAAAACGCGACGAGUCAGUCGGUUGGUCAUCGUAAAGAUCCUCUUGGAAAUCACGAAUUCUUCGGGCCUUUCACCAGCUGAGUUUACAUUCGUCAAUAUCUUCCUGGCCCGAAACAUCCCGAAAUACGUCCAGUUCAUCGAAAUCCCACCAAGUGCUUUGCACACCAUUUUGAUAGGUCUUGCCGAAGAUCCCGACCACUCCACUCGUGAGGAUCGUCAGCUGGCUGCAGAAUACCUGUUGUCGGCAUACACACCACACGAAAGUGAUCGUAUCAUGGUCCUCUUUGAGCAGGCUGGGUUCUACCGGAUAUUGAGGACUUGGUAUAGACAGGAACGGCAAUGGUCGUCGCUGCUCCUCAGUUACCUUGAUGACCCUGAUAUGUCGCCUACGAAUGUCUUCCCUUCCGUCAACGAGGUGUUGGACGUUGCGCUGCGCUCGAACAAGGGUGCCUUACCAAAGGAACUGGGGGCCACUGUCACUGAUUCCUUGGGAUCAUUGCUGCACGCGAGUGUUGUCAGCACAGCAGCUCUUCUUGACAAAUAUAUGCCUGCUCUACAUGAGCGUGCGUUGGAAGCUUUAGGCCUUGAUGCCGAGCACGAGCACUUCGCAUACUUGCGUUAUCUUCUCGGGUCGCCGCAGACAGGAGAAGAAUACGGGAUUGAAUCUCGGAAGGGUGGGCCAUCGCUUAACCUGCUCCCGAGGCUACGCCAGCUGUACAUUUCUCUUCUUUGUCGGUUGGAAUCCACCGGAGUAAUAGAGGCCCUCACUUACCUUCCGUCUGACUUCCUCGAUGCGACGGAGAUGAUGCAGACGUGCGAGAAGCACGAAGUUUAUGAUGCAGUGGUGUGGAUACUGAACCGAAAUGGGGAUCCCCAGUCGGCACUGACAAAAGCUGAAGCAUUCGACAGAGUUCUGUCAACCAGGGUCGCAGACCAGUUGACGAGUUCUCUUGUUGAGGCAGAGACUGCCAUCCACACUUCGCUAUCUGCUUUGGAGUCGAUAGGCCGAACCACCGUUUCAAUCUGUCUCGAGCGUUCAAAACCCACUUCCUCUGUCGAAGUGCCGCUGGAGGACAUCUGGUUCCAACUUCUCAGGAGCCAGAUCGAUUCCGUACAGCGUGUCGCUAGCUGCUGUUCUCCCGAGGCUCUCAAUCCUGCUUCGGAGGAUCCUACCAGAGAAAUGGCUCUCCAGCAGCAGACGUUGACCUCCUUACGUUCACUUGUCCAGCGUACCUUCGGGUCGUUGAUGUCCAUCAGCUCUACCAAAGCUGUCUCGUUUCCCAGAUUAUUCAGGCGGCUCGUGGAAUCUGCCUCGGCUAGCCACGUGUCGAAACACACCCUCUAUGCUGAGUUCCGAACAAUCUUGACGGGAAUGUUGGACUCGUUUAGGUCGGAGGGCGACUUGCUGAUCAUCACCAAACGUCUCGUCGACCGUGACCUUUUUGCGACCAUCGAGGAGCUUACGCAGGACCGAUUGCAGGGUUGGGCACCGUCCCAAGGAACGUGUCGCUCAUGUGGAGAAGUGUUCCUCAAUGCUAAAAAAACGUCAACGAGUGGAGAGUCGGAUUUUGGGAGUGCUGUUCCAAUUAUUGUAUCGCGGACGGGUGCCAUAUACCAUAGUCAAUGUUUACCGCCUGAUUUUCCCACUAAUACCAGCAUUGUACAUUAG